GGACGUCGUUGUCAAGGAAACGCGUCGUCGGUUGCUAACGUGUACACAGACAAGUGGGACAGCAAGAAAGUCUCCACUUAGCCGAGUUAUUUCUAACUUUUAUCACCGGCAGACCUGAUGUUAGUCCUCAGAAGAAGUGUGUGUCAUAUGGAGUGUCUCCUUUGCCAGUUUAUUUACGCACCGAGAAUGGUUAAAUUAAUUAUUAGCACCGCUGACGUUAGCAGAUGAACUAACUACCUACCGGUUAGCUGAGUUAGCAUCUAGGCUAGCACACCUGAAUAUCUGUCGAACUCGGAGGAUGCAGCUUCUUCAGGACAACUUCUUCUACCACUCAAAUCCAAGGUUAGGAGCUGAUAAAGGCCUCGGAAAUGAGAGACAGUUGCUGGUUGAAGAGCAGAAGUUAUGCAGGGCAAGAGCUCGUAAGUUUUCCCUGGAAACAAACCGACGUCGGAGAGCUUUGGAGGAAAGACGGAAGCAGUGGGACGUUCAGGAGCAAAGGCUGAGAGAAAACGUCCUCCAGCAACGUAGACAGCGAGUUCAGGACGCCACCGAGCGCUUCCAAAGAGCCCACCUACCUCCAUCUCAGAGGAGAAGACAAUCUUUUAGAAGGAACAUGCCAAGUAUUGAAGAUGCACUCAAUCAAAUUAAAGGCAGCUUGACUUCAUAUAACCGACAGUCCUCGUUCUUAUCCAGCAACUGUAGCAUCAGCAGAAGCUGCACUCCUUCUCCUAAACCUCCCCCGAAGUCUAAACCCUCCCAACGCCAAGCUUUCUCUGCCGUGGAGGCCUACACCAAACUACUGCAGGAAAAAAGCACGAUCCUCCUCAGAAACAGUCAAGAAGCUCCAAGGAGUCCGGAGAAACAACUCGACUACAGCCCACAGGAUAGUCACGUGUCCGACUGCUGUAACUCGGAAAGCCUCUCCAGUAAGGACAGUCUGGACGGCGAGGACCACAACCACGUCAUAAAAAGCCUGGAGUCGUCCUGUUCAUCCCUGCUGUUUGACACAGACAAGUCCCAUUCAGACCUGAGAAAGCAAAAUGACCCGUACCCAUUGUCCGACCACACAUCUUUCCCGGCAAUGAUGCUUCUCGGCGACACUUUACCACAACCGAGAAAACUGCAUGAGCUCAAACAGAAAAAACAAGAAGACUCUGAAGGGCUCAACAACAGGACGCGUGUUCCCAGGGCUUCUUGGGACUUCACAUCUAUCGAGAAAACACCCAAAACGGAGACACAGCCUCCACUGCAAAACGCCACUUUAUUUACUCUCUGUGAAAUCCUCAGUGCAGACACAGGGCAGAGUGAGAUAAACUCAAAGCAAAACAGCCCCAGUGACAACUUCAUUGUCUCAAAUAGAAUCCCUCUUGGCAACACAGUACUCGAGUCUUCGUGUACUAAACAAGAGGCCGUGUUGGAUCUGAGACAACAGAGGGUCCACAAUGAAAGACAAUCGAAGCAUCCGUCGGCCACUGAACUUCUUCUGCCUGCCAAAAAUGGCAAAGACAGUUUCUUCGGGGCUCCCACAAAGCCAAAUAUUUUGAAUGAUAGCAUGACGGAUAAUGUGUCUCAAGAAGGAGCUCGUCAACAAGCAGGAAAAGACAAGCCCUGUCUAUCCUCCCAGAAAGAAUCUAGCACUUCCAUAAACAAUCUUAAUAAGAUUUCAGACUCUGAGCUCAAAACCGAGAAGCCCCUUAACACAGAGCUGCCGCAACGUUCAUGUUUAUCCAACAUUCAGUCAAACACACCCAAGUGCCUUCAGUGUUCAGAGGAGGAAGUGCAAAAAUCGCCUGUUUCCCAUCGAGUAUGUGAAGUCAGACUAAUUAAAGGAAUCCUGAAGAAGCAGUCCAAGUACAUGUCAGGAGAUAAUGCAUGUGUGUACGGCGCCGGACAUUUGAUCUUUGCAAAACAAGUAGCCCUAGCAAUCCGAGAUAGUGUUGAGCUGACCAGGGCCAAAAGCAAGGAGCUGGAAGGCAACAGCGCUGUCAAGAAGAAGCUGCGCUGGUUUGAUGAGGUCCAUGUGGAAAAAGAGGACAGAGAGCAGAGCGUCAUAAAACAGAUGAAAGGCAGGUCCUCCGAUCAGUCCAAGAACAGUUCAGAGGACCACCAACCGAGUCUCAGUCCUGUCUCGGGGGCUGUCAGGCCUGGACCCGGCGUGACCCGAGCAGCCCCCACUGGUUAUCACUUUACAAAACAAGCCUGGGCAGAUGUCGGGGUUCAAGUCAGUUUGCCUCCAGAACGUGCAGACGAGGUCAAGGCGCCGCAGAGCUACACCAGAACCGGCGGCCCCCAAGUCCCUCCGAGAGAGCGCUGUGUCAAAGCUGAAACGGGUCCUGUUUCUUCGAGGACCAGAAAGGGCACCAACAUACGACCUCAGUCUGCCUCGGAGGUGAGUCAAAUUGCCAAGACCCAAGGGAAGGUGGUGGUGCCCCGCCCACCUCCUCCCAGGACGGACUCGGCAGAAGAACAGACGGCGUUCGUCACCAAGGCUCCAUAUGGGACAGAUCCGGCAGGCGUCAACUAUAAACAACCCCCGGCUGCCGAGCUGCACAAAGAAAACCCAGAGAGCUGCUUCCCACCCCACACGUAUCACGAAAUCAGAACAGAUAGUCAUGUUUUAUACACACCGCUGACACCCUCGUAUACCUGCCCAGUCUCAGAUGGAAACACAAAGAGCAAACCCAGAUCCAGCCAUCAGGAAACCCAGAGCUGCAACAGAAGACGAGGGAUGGCGCUCAAUGAAAAGGGCCCUUGUUUAAAUUGCACUCCCACAGAUGAGGAGAUCUCACAGCUCUGGCAUGGUGUCCGCAGUGCCUUAGCCACCAAAGACGUGAAGAAUGCUGUGAAAAUGCAGGCUGUGGACAGUGUACGAUCUGGGAGGAAAGUCGGAGUGGAUACUAGCAAACCUGCACCGGUUUCAGGCAACAGAAGAACACCUCUGUCGUCUCAGCUGAUAAAGCAGACUGUCGACCCAGUUAGACCUUUUCCCAGUACGCAUGACAUGGCCUUUCAAGAAGAAGCUUUAAAGAGCGCCGCCCAGUUACACAGUGAUGGAGUGCACGCUGGCGGCCUAAUGGAAGACAGGGAUGCUAUGGCUGCCAUAGAAACAACCCAAACACUGAGGCCUGGAACAGUGCUGCAGCGCGGCCAACAACAAGGAUUUAGCAGCAUUUCAGUGGAAGAACAGAAAAUCCUCCUCUCCCUGGACAGACUAAACCAGCAGCUGUACUGUGUGCAGGAACACUCCGCUGCCUCGCGAGGCCUCGUACGUCUUGAUGUUCCGACGACCAAAGAAGCGAACGCCAAAAACCAUCAAAAACAUCAUCCGUCCUCAUCUACCAGCCGCUCUCAGUACCACAAGAAAUUUUGACUUACAGCCGCUCGGCCCAGAGCGGCUUUUACUUCCAGCGGUGCUUCAUACCCGUUGUAACCGAGCACUUUAUUAUCCACUAAAGUAGGAUCAUUCGCUUACGAAACAAAAUGUGCCUAAUGGAGUAGCUUAAGAACAAAGACGCUCGCAGUAGAAGUCCAAGAAAGAAAUAAAAACCACAUGUGGAAAAUGAUAUUCACAUUAUUUUUGUACUUUCCAACUGCUUCAAGGAGGACACAUGGUCAUAAAACAGUUAGAAAUACAGUCCUGUGCAAAAGUCCUACAAUCCAACUUUAGGUUUGUUGGUUUAACCCAUAAAGAUCCCAAACCAUCUACUGAUCUAAAUUAUUUAAUACCUGCUAAAUUCUAUCAAUACUAGU